AUGCACCUUGGUGCCUCCUUGUCUGAUUCCAUGGCAGUGCUCUAUCCUCCACCCAUUCCUGACACCCAGCACCGGAUACCCUGGGGGCAGCACCUGCCACCUGCCAUCACCCCAGCAUUCCCUCCUGGCAGCAGCCAGCUGCUGCCAGCUUUCCCCACGAUGCCUUUGGUGGCUAAUGGUGGCUGUGGACCCAGUGCCCCUGGGGCUUGCAACCUCACUGUGCAAGUCAGGUCACAAGGGAGGCCAGUGGAGGCGCCCCAGACUCAGACCUUUAUCAUAACUCAGGGCCCCCUCACCUGGAGCGCUCCAGGGGCCCUCAGCGGGACUACUGCAUGUCCUCCACCAGUAUUCUUAGCAUCCCCUGCGAUGGAGACCAUUGUGACUGCUCCAGCUGUUGGAGUUACUCAGGCUGGCAAGGGAGGCUGGACCCCAGGCUUUCCCCCUCAAGCUCCACCACCAGCUGCCCAGCUGGUCCCCAUCAUUCGCCCAGUGAACUCUGGGCCUUGGCCACUUGGCACUUCCAGGGAGUGUAGCCUGGCCACCAACCAGCCCUACGCCUCGCAGGGUGACUGCUCUAACCCCCAGAGCGUGUACAGUAACUUCCGACGUUGGCAGCGCCUCAAGCCACUGGCCUGGAGACACCUUCCCCAGAGUCCUGAUGCAGAAGCUCUGUCCUGCUUUCUCAUCCCAGUGCUUCGAUCCGUGGCCCGCCUGAAGCCCACCAUGACGCUGGAGUGGGGACUGUGCAGGGCCGUGCAGGAAUGGCAGCGCAUAAGCAACGUUGACCGGAUGAUCUACUACAAGAUAGCGGAAAAGUUCAUGGAAUUUGAGGCCAAGGAGGAGAUGCAGAUUCAGAAGUUGUAGUGGAUGCAGUGUGCGCAGGACCUGCCUCCUCCAGCCCCACCGAAGCUGGAUCCUCGGGGGCCCCCAGCCCCGAAACCACACAGCUCCCAGCAGCCCCCGGAGCCCAAGGCACCCAAGGAGAUUCCCCCCGAGGCUGUGAGGGAGUAUAUGGACAUCAUGGAUGCACUGGUGGGGCCCGUCCACUCAGCCACAGGCGAGUCAGAUGCGGAAGGUGGAGAGGACGGAAAUGAGCUGAAGCAGGAAGAGGACGGCAUCUACUCGGACCCGGGCCUCUUGAGCUACAUUGACAAGCUGUGUUCCCAGGAGGACUUUGUCACCAAGGUGGAGGCAGUCAUUCACCCUCGAUUCCUGGCAGAAUUGCUUUCCCCAGAUGCACAGCUGGACUUGGCCCUAGCGGAGGAGCUGGAGCAGGAGGCAGGGCUCACGCCGGAAGAACUGGUGCAGAAACGACUCCUGGCCUUGAAAGAGGACGAGGGUGUGGGGGCAGCCCCGAGUCACGGUGCACCCGGAAUGCGCUCAAGUCCUUCUGAGCCCGACGCCGGCCAAGGUGCCCAGAGGCACGACCAAGACCCCCAUCCAGGGGUCAGUGAUGAAGCCUGCCCACCAGAGAUCGAUUCUGAGGCUCCUCAUAGGCUCAUCCAAACAGACACUGGCCUGUGCAGGCCCAAAGCCUUUGUUCCCUCUCGAGGACGUCAGGAGGUCUCUCCAUUCCGGGCCGGACCGCCCUCCCCUCCCCAGGGUCAAAGGAGCACUGCCCCUCUACGGGGACCCAGGGACGCGUCUGUUCUCAGAGAGGCCUCUCCUGUUCGGGAGGCCCGAGGGCCCAGGGACGGGUCCGGUGAGGACGAGGAGGAGCUCCCCAGCCUGGCCUUCCUGUUCGGCUCUCUGCAGAGCCUGCUGCCUGGCUGGGUGUCCCAGAGUCCUGCCCAUGCCUCAGGCCUGGCCUCCCCUGGAGGUUGGACGGCCCGGAGUGCUCCCCACGCUCCCUCCCGUCAGAGAAGAGGCCUCAGCCCAGCUCCACCAGCCGCUCCCAAGUCGAGGAAGCGGGCUCUGUGUGGACGCCCAGCCAGUGCUGAGAAGCUGCCCAUCCCUGGGGCUGGCCUCGGGGUGUCUGGGAGGCCAGCCUUGGCUCUGGGGCCGGCUCGCCCCUCACAGCCGAGAAAGAGAAAGCGUGACCCGUGUGUCACAGAGAAGACUAGGAAGAGGAGAAGAAACACUGCAGGCAGUAGGGAACAGCUGGGCCGGCCCUCCAGGGCGAGGCCCCAGGGCGACCCCCUGGGGAGCCUAGGGGCUUCUCGUCAUCCCAGUGCUGACCCUGGAUGA